AACACAAACAACAGCCUUUGCAUUGAGGGAACCCGCAAAUUGCUUUUGUUACUUAUUAGGAGUGUUCGCAAAGAGGCGCAUCUUCGGUACUUGCCCUCACAAUCUGUCAGCCUCAAGUCUCAAAUGAGCACAGCGUGUCCCGCUCACCGACGCGCUUGGCUUCAAUUUCGUCAUCUGCAUUGCUGCCCACGACAAGCUAGCAUGACAAUGUAUCUCUUGCGGGUGUCGGUGGCUCUAGAAUGACAGAAGAAUGCCGAGAGCCAAGAAACCUAUCUUGCUGGGCGUGAGGUUAUUCGCGUUGGCGGUAGCGAGUACUACAGCAUUAAGCCACAGAGGGUCUACCAAACUUCAUAAAGAGCUGGAUAUUGUCGAUUUGGGCAAGGAUGACAGUCUUCAAGCGUCACCGGGAGAGCUAUGGAAUGGCAAAGCAUCAGACCUUUUGGGUACCCGCCCGGGAGUGCACAGACGAACAAGUUUCGCGGGCUCCGUUGCGUCGACUGAGUCUACUAUGUCGAUAAUGACAUAUGUCAAGCACCUUCAGACCAAGAUUCGCCCGCACAAUGGAGGAGGUGUAUACUCUACCAAUUCGUCUCAGCCUGUUGACCAGGAGGUGCAUAGAGACAUCGCCGAGUGUGUCCCCGGCAGCGUGGUACAAAUUCAGGAUCUGGUACUUGACGAGAACGAACUGGCCAUCAAGACGGGGAGUGAUGGUGUGGGCAAAGUUGAUGGGGUGGAGAUCAGCUCGACAGAGGUUAUCGAAGAAGACCACGAUAGAGAUGGAGAUGCCAAAGCAUUUGCUCGGAUGGAGUCUUCUAUCACCAAUCUAGGACCAGUCCUGUAUCAUCGAUCUACAAGGCUAUUCAAGAACUUGGAACCUCAAAUAGCAAGGUCUCCUGACUUCAAAUCUUCUUCUCGUUCCUUACUGGGCGAUCUGGGUCGACUUCAUCUUUGGGGCAUCACAUUCGACGAGAUACAGCUGACUGCGGUUCUGGCAGAGUCUGAAGUCCUCCAAAAGGCUGUCCUCGACCUGACGUUCACGUUGAGCAGAGUCCUAAUCGGAGACAUCUUACCUCGAAUUGAUCACACCCACACAAUGGGUGAGAAGAUUGAGGACUUGAUAAUGCUGUUGCAAUGCACUGAACAGCAGCUCUUUGGAGACUAUUCUGACCUGAACAAUAUUGGGGAUGAUGGACCUACUAAUAAACAUGAUUAUAGUAUCGAAGAUGCAGCUUUCAUCAUUCGAUCGAGUGUAGAUUCUUUGAUGAGUCUGUUGCCAUCUAUGGAAAGAGUCUUAGCAUCAAUCGAGUCAACUUAACACCAUGUUCAAUGUUAACUUUAAAGACAAAAAAAGAAUUGCAAGGACUGUUCCCAGU